UAUACAUCUGAACUGGUUCAAGCAAAUCACAACUUUUGUUUUAGAUGCAACUUCAUUAUAGGUGAUUGUAGGCAUGCAUUAAGAAAGUGAUCAAUAAACUCAAAUACAAUGAAAUUGAUCUUAGGAGGUGGGAUAAGUGGUCUGUCCACUGCAUAUUACUUAUCCAAAAAAUGUCCCAAAGAAUUGUUAACAAUCAUAGAGGCUUCAGAUCACAUUGGAGGUUGGAUCAAAUCAAGGAAGUUACCUGAUGGCACAAUAUUUGAGCAAGGACCAAGGACUCUGAGACCUAAAGGAUUGCCUGGGGCCAAUACACUGCAGUUAAUUGAGGACCUGAAUUUAAGUGAAAGAAUAAGACCCAUCACAAUGGACCAUUCUGCUGCAAAGAAUAGAAUGAUUUUUGCUAAUGGAGAGUUACACAUGUUACCCUCAUCCCUUAGCAGCAUCUUUCAAUUGAAGAAACCAUUCUCCAGACCAUUGAUUGUUAGUCUUUUAUUUGAAGGACUUCAGCCCAGUAUUGCAGUCAGCGAUGAAUCUAUUUACAACUUUACUUAUAGGAGGUUUGGUCCAGAGGUGGCUGAUUACUUGAUAAGUCCCAUGAUCUGUGGUAUAUGUGCAGGCAAUGCCAAAGAAAUCAGUGUUAAAUUUUUGAUGGAACCUUUAUUUGCUAAAGAACAGAAAUAUGGGAGUAUUACAAAAGGAUUCCUGAAGACAUUGCAGGAUAAAAAGGAAGAAUUACCUAAAAGUGACUUAUUAGAAAAGUCAACUAAUGAAAAGUGGAGUAUAUACUCAUUCAAGGAAGGUUUGGAGGAGUUACCUAAAGCCCUGCACCAAAAGGCUUUAGAAAAUGGUAACAAUAUAGUACAUAAUGAAUGUACAGGAAUUGAUUUUGAUGACAAAAUCAGAUUAACAUUUAAGAGUGGAGAUGGAUUGAUUGGAAAUCAUUUGUUUAGUACUAUACCAGCUCAAAAACUAUCACCAUUGUUGACUAAACAGCAUCCCAAACUAAGCGCAUUAUUAUCAAAUAUUGAAACUGUCUCUGUGGGUGUUGUCAAUUUAAAAUUCAACAAGAAACUCCUGAAACAAGAAGGAUUCGGUUUCCUGGUAGCUCCCAAGGAAAAUCUUCCUAUUUUAGGUGUUAUUUAUGAUAGCUGUUGCUUCCCAAGUGGCGAAAAUACAACCAUCACCGUCAUGAUGGGUGGUCACUGGUUUAAUAAACAUUUCCCAGCAGAAACCAAAGAGGAAAAAUUUCUGGAAAUAGCACUUGAUCAAAUCAGGAACAUACUAGACAUCACAGAGGUACCAGACGCUUUUAAAGUGAACGUCUUGAAAGACUGCAUUCCACAAUACAAUGUUGGACAUUCAGAGAAUUUGGAAAACAUUAAUGCCUACAUAAAAGAAAAUAACUUGAGACUGUCCUUGUGUGGUUCAUCCUAUUAUGGCAUAGGUGUUAAUGACGUUAUAUUAUCUGCUAAAAACGCAGUUGACAAAUUGUAAAAAAAAUAUAUAUAUUUAUUAAAUAACUUAAAGGAACUUCUUCAUUACUUAAAUUUCUCCACAUCUCAAUUCUGUACUGCU